AUGUCAACAAUCAGCACAACAACAAUCGGCACAACAACAAUUCAAGCCGCGAACGGCGGGACUCUGUCCACAACAACAGCACCAAACUCGUUAGUCAUGAAUCCUACGUCAAUGUUAGUAGAGAUGAAAAACUUCAUUCCUUCUUCAUAUACUUUCGAAACAAAAAUCCAGAAGAUAAAGCAAGAACUGUUAACAAGUAAUUUAGACUGUAGUGCGAAAGAUGAAACAAAUGAAGAAUAUCUUUAUGAAAUGCAGGACAUUAUUGACCAUUUGCCUAAACUACCUGAAAUCCAACAACAAAAACUAACUAUUCCUGAAUUCGACGAAAUUGAAGUGAAACCAACUGACUCGGUAGAAAUAAAGAAGUUCAUACGAAAGGUAAAUUAUGAAUUCCUUGGUUUUCAUUGCAACCAUAAGGUUAUGGACAAAGAUUGUGAUAUGGUAUAUAAAAACAUCUCUGACAUAUAUAAAUCGGAGGAGUUUAAGACAUACAACAACUUUGUUUCAUUAGUUGCAAAAUGUGUAUGGCAGAUAAGAGAUAAAGAUAGAAGGGGUAAAAUAUGGAACGAACAAAUAAAACCAACAGCUUUUGAGUUAAAGAAAACCAUUGACGCCUUGGUUGUUCUAGCAGGUAAGGUUUCAGAAUAUAACGCAAAAAUGAACCCACAAUGUUCUAAAUGUAAAGCAGCAAUUAGGAAAUAUAACUACUCCGUCAAAGAGAUAGAACGUAUGCGAAACGACUAUGCUGACUUAAAGAAAGAAGUAGAGAAACCAGCAGAAAAUAAAAUGAACAUGUUAGAAUUUCUGAACAAAAACUAUCCAACAGUUGACGAUUUCCUUCUAUCUGAUGUCAAGAAGAAGUAUAAAGAAACUUUCGGUAUCGUUAAAACAUUUGAUAUCCUCAGCGAAGAAAUAGAAGCUACGAAACUGUUUAAAGUCUCACGAAUUCAUAACGUUUACCAUGUAAAACGCUUAUAA